UUGGAGCAGAAAUGGAGCAGAAAGGAGAUCAGAGGAGCCAGGACCCCUUCUCCUGUUCGAUCUGUCUGGAUCUACCCAAGGAUCCGGUGACGAUUCCCUGUGGACACAACUUCUGCAUGAACUGUCUUAAAAUUCACUGGGAUGGAGAGAAAAAAAACUGCAGCUGCCCUCAGUGUGAGAAGACCUUCACACCGAGGCCUUUCCUGGAGAAAAAACACCAUGCUAGCAGCUUUAGUGGAGCAGCUGAAGAAGACUGGACUCCAAGCUGCCACCGCUGACCACUGUUAUGCUGGACCUGAAGAUGUGGCCUGUGAUUUCUGCACUAGGAGGAAACUGAAAUCCAUCAAGUCCUGUUUAGUCUGUCUGGCCUCUUACUGUGAGGAACACCUUCAGCCUCAUUAUGAUUCAGCUACUUUUAAGAAACACAAGCUGGUGGAACCGAACAAGAACCUGCAGGAGAACAUCUGCUCUGUGGAUGAACAUAAAGGCCACAACACAGUGUCAGCUGCAGCAGGAAGAGCUGAGAGGCAGAGAGAGCUGGAGGAGAGACGAGGAAACAUCCAGCAGAGAAUCCAGGACAGAGAGAAAGAUGUGAAGCUGCUUCAGCAGGAGGUGGAGGCCAUCAAUCACUCUGCUGAUAAAACAGUGGAGGACAGUGAGGAGAUCUUCACCCAGCUGAUCCUCUCCUCCAGGAAAGAAGCUCUGAUGUGAAGCAGCAGAUCAGAUCCCAGCAGGAAACUGAAGUGAGUCGAGUCAAAGAUGUUGAGGAGAAGCUGCAGCAGGAGAUCACUGAGACUGAAGAGGAAAGACGCUGAGCUGGAGCAGCUCUCACACACAGAGGAUCACAACCAGUUUCUCCUCAACUACCCCUCACUGCCAGCACUCAGUGAGUCCACACACUCAUCCAGCAUCAACAUCCGUCCUCUGAGACACUUUGAGGACGUGGCAGCAGCUGUGUCAGAGCUCAGAGACAAACUACAGGACGUCCUGAGA